AUGGAAAUUAUCUUUAAAUCCACAGAUGGAGAUAGCCUUACUGCACAAGAGGUAUCAUAUCCACCAAAUGGAUAUGGGUUCACAACAUGGGAUAGAGACAAUGAUGGAUCAUCCAAUAUAAAUUGUGGAGAGAUAGAACAUGCUGGAGACAGUCUUACUGCACCAGAUGUAACAUAUCCACCAAAUGGAUAUGGGUUCUCAACAUGGGAUAGGGACAAUGAUGGAUCAUCCCAUAAAAAUUGUGGAGAGAUAGAACAUGCUGGUUGGUGGUUCAACUUGUGUACUGAGGGCAACCUAAAUGGGAAGUAUUACAAUGGUGGAAUGAUUGAAAAUGACGGGAUAUACUGGGAAGCUUGGAAACUGUCGUAA